AUGCUCGUACUCUUGGAGAAAACAUUCAGCGACCUGGAUCCGCCUGUUCGCAAGCAUCGGAUUCUUCCGUCUCAUCUAUCGAAACAUUCGGGUCGCGACGCUCGGCGGGUGGAAGCUCAUGUUACCGAGACGCCAUCGAUGCGUGCUGCUCUCAAGAACAAACCGCGGGCUUUCCCAGCAAAGGAGCGCUGGACAAUCGAUAUGGAUAAUCAUCUUUGGAAUACUUAUCAGUUGUAUCUUCAGGAUCCUACAAUCACUCCCUUCAAGAUGACCCCCGGCAGUAUUCCGCCCCUGGGUGUCACUCAUCGAAUUGCACGUGACGCAAAGCGGGCCUGGGAGAAACGUCGCUUUAGACUGGACAAGCAAUUUCCGUUCGCCAUACUUCAGUCACGUUCGGGCGGAGACAAAACCCCGACCCCUAAGACCGAUGCCGCAAGACCACUCUGGCCCAAGUCGGAGGCGUCAACCCGGCGAAGGCUCAAGCUCCUCUGCCGAAAGAAGUUCUGUAUCGCGCCACAUUAUCAGCGGAUGAUGCAGUCCAAGAGCCCUACACCAUUCUACGAUUUGUUCACACGGGCCUCACAAGAAGCCUCUCAGGCUGAUGGCUACAGCAACAGCUCAACAGCGUAUGCAACACGCGACCUGGGCGUGUCACUUGCCGCCAGCUCAACCCAUGGACCACUCGCUCAACUCACGGCGGAAAAUUCCUCUUUGCCGGAGAAGAAUGAUGAGUGGUUCAACACCCCCAUAUCAGGGGUUGCGCAGCUAGCACCCAUAGAACCACUUGCGCGAACUCAUGCGAACGUAAAUGAGCAGGAGAGCAUACCUCGCCUCGGAUCCCCAUUUACAUACAAUACAUGGGGUCCUCAUAGCUCAAGAAAACGAUCCCAGCGCCAUACACCCAGGAAUCGAAGAGAUACGAUCCACGUCACGGGUUCCCGGCUACGCUCCCCACCUGUGUUCCCCGCUGCUGAGCACGACGCCACUAUCGCCAGCAAUGCGCCUGCCGCAGAAACUCCUGUAGAACAAGAUACACGGAACCAGUUAGAGGAGCUUGUCCGCCAAGGAAAGCUGAACGACAUGGACCAACGUCGGAUUCGGAUCCGUAACCGUGGAGCGACAAUGAGUGCGGUGAACCCUAGGGGCAUUGAUCAGCUAUUUUCUCCCCCGUCAUCAACAACUCGCAAUGAGGAUAGCCUCGUGGAGAAGCCCGUCAAUCCACUUCUCAAUUUGGUUGGAGACAGCAUCAAGCGCUUGGGCUCACCUUUCAAGGUUGAGGCCGCCAAAAGGCCCGAACCCUCGCCUCGGUUCGUCCGACAUGCACCGUCCCUCUCCGACCCGUUCGCAAGUGGAUUGCUCCCGCAGUUCAGACCGGGCGUUUCUGGCACCCCACGUAAGGAACCAGAGAUCACCAACCCACUCCCAUUUGACCCGACAGAAGAAGGUAUAUCGGAUGCGGAACGAAUUCGCAGACAAAUCCUCAAUAUGCCCUAUUCAAGGCGGUGA